UAACUCCUCUCUUCUCUGAUCUUCAAUCUCAGCCGUUUAAUGCCCUCAAAACCCCGUAAUUUUCCCAUCAAACGGCUCUUAAUUAAACCAGAAUUUACACAAGCACAAACACUGUUGAGUACUUAAGAGUGUCUGACUUGAACAAGACAAAAAGACAUCAACCCGCACAUGAAAUGAAGCAAUAACUGAUCCCAAAACUUCUUACCCUUAAAGCAUUUCAUUUAACGAGCCAAACCCAGAAAGCAAAAUUUGAUCUUUAAGUGAAGUGAUUUGAGUUGAGAAUGGUUGAUGCUUGUUGAUUGAAUUUGAGAGAGUUGGAAUGGCUGGUGAGAUUGAAGAGCCUUUCAGCCUUAGUUUUCAGACAGAUUCCUUGCACUCUGGUUCUAUAUCGUUUGGAAGAUUUGAAAACGAACCCUUAUCUUGGGAAAGGAGAUCUUCUUUUUCACACAAUAGGUAUCUUGAAGAGGUUGAGAAAUGCUCUAAACCGGGUUCAGUCAUUGAAAAGAAAGCUUAUUUUGAAGCUCACUUCAAGCGGAAGGCUCUUCUGCUUCAGGGUUCAUCCGAGUGCCAAAAUGCCAAUGAAGACGAAACUGGUGAAAAUGAUGUCUUUGAGAAUGAGGGUUGUAGAGAUGGAUAUGAAAAUGUAACUGAAGGUAGUCGUUGUGAUCAAUUUGACGGGAUUGCCUUUGAGAAUGUGGAUGUGCACUACGCAGAAGAUCUUAAUGGAAAUGAAGAGAGCCACAACUAUCACUUUGAUGAGAAUGUCUCCGAGACUGCAUAUUGGAGACAGGAAUUUGAUGAUGGAAAUGAAAGGAGCCAAUAUUAUUUUGGAAAUGAAACUAGCAAAUUCACUCACUUUGAUGAGAGCCCUGAACGUUCAGAAUAUCAUGGAGAGCUUGAUGUAAUGGAAUGUGAAAGAGAAGAUCCUUCAGUUUUGCCAGCUGAAUCUCCAAUGAAAGCUGCUUUGGCCAAUGCUGAUGGUUUGGUCAACACUGCCCCUGAAGAUGUUAACACUGUGGAAACAUGUCAUACUGGAAUUGUCUGUGACAAGUCACUUCCAAGUAAUGAUGAAGCAGAGAUAGAACUACAAAAGAACUGCAAUAAUGAUGCAGUUGAUGUAAAUGAAUCUUCUGAAGCCAUCAGCUUAUCCCCCAAGAGUGCAACCUCUAGGAGAGUUGGUAAAUCUAGUUUGGAAAAUAGGAAAAAUCUUUCUCCAAAGUUGAGGAUUGCUGUGGAAAAUAAGUCUAUUAAGCCUCAACUGAACUCUCAGAGCCAUGUCCAAAAACCGAUUUCUCUCAAGACUUCAAAAACUGCUGCAAAGAGCCAGAGCAGAAUCGAAAAAGAGUGUCCAGGGAGAAUGAAAGCGGAAAAGCAGUCAUUACAAACAUCCACUCCCGUUAGACGUUCAUCACAGAGAUCUCCAAAGACACAGGACUCUGAAAGUUCAGCUACAAAAUCAAAGGUUGAGAAUAAGAGCAGUGAAAAAGAUCAGAUGAGAGCCAAGAAAGUAGCUGAAUCCCAACCUUCUGCAUCGAAGAAGAUUGAUCCUAGAGGUCACCAAACGCCAAAUAGGCUUAAGCAGACUGCUGCCGAUUCAAGUAAGCUGGUAAUGAGGCCAAGUUCUGCAGCUUUCAGUUUCAAAAGUGAUGAACGGGCAGAAAGAAGGAAAGAGUUCUACAUGAAGUUGGAGGAAAAAAUGCAUGCUAAGGAGGCUGAAAUGAAUCAGAUGCAAGCAAAAACACAGGAAAAGAGACAGGCUGAGAUUAGACAAUUCCGAACCCUUAAUUUUAAAGCUACACCAAUGCCUUCUUUCUAUCAAGCCACUGCAUCGGGAUCUGAUGGAAACAAGACACCAGCUACAAUACGACAUAAGUCAACAAGUCCAGGAACCAAAAGUACUGCAAGAUCACCAAUGCUUUCAAAGGCCAGAAAAGACAGAGGCCUCACCAUGACUGAGUCUGUAAACACUGCUGAUAAACCUGAAUCCUCUGAAGUAUCCAAGUCCUCUACAACUGAUCUCUCUGAGGUCUCUUCAGCACCCAGAAGCCACAGCAGCAUUCAUCAUGAAGCCAGAAUGAAAAACGGCAACACAGAGAGGAAACUGCGAGAGAAAGAGAGGAGUCCAAGUUUGCAGAAAUAUCGAGUAUCAGAGACCAGUAAGGCAACAAAAGACGACAGAAGCGAGGUGAAACCAAAAGUGGGAGCUCGAAGAAAUAGCAAUGAGAUGAUGAGGAAGAGUAUGAAAGGCAUUGGCCUCGGCAGCAGUUCUGGAAUAGGUAGUCUAGCAGUUGGAGUAGCUUCUUGAGCAACGCAAGCCUACGCUUCACACAUUCGCAUUCUACUUCGAGCGAAAGUUACCAUCACAAUGUCAGGGAAAUCCAAUGAUUAUGAAACAAAAGUAAUCGCAAGUGCAAAGCUUUUCCGGUGAGAUUCAAUAUAUUGCAUGUUUGUUUGAGCAUCACAUUGAUGAAAAAUCAUUUGAGGGUUGCAUUUCAUGCUUGUAACUUUGUUUCUUUCAGGUAUUUUAUGUAUGCAAAAUGUAAUGUAACAUGUAGCUGAAUAGAGAAUAAGGGUGGCAUUUGUGAUUGAAAUUUCUCCUUCCCACCAAAUAUAUGAAACAUUAUUCAUCAAUAGAAGUUGUAAUUUAUUGAGUCACUCUUUAUGUAAUAACA